AUGGCAAUAAAUGAAGAAAAUUUCAGUCGGUUACUUACUCAGCAAAUUUCUGAUAUUGAAGCUACCGAACAGGAAAUUAUUAUCUUGGAAAAAUAUAGAUCAGAUUAUGAGUCUGUUAGUAAUAAAAUUCAGGAGUUGCAAAAGUCUGUAUAUAAAGAUGCGUAUAUUCCACUCAGUCGCAAAGCGCUUGUCCGUGGGCGUUUAAUUCAUACAAAUGAACUAUUAGUGUAUCUUGGUGGGACCGAUGACUAUUUUGCUGAAUUAUCUGUCUACGAAACAGUUCAGUUGCUCGGUCGUCGUAUUAAACGGUUAGAGAUAAAAUUAGAUGGAUUACGUCAACAAAAAACACUGUUAAACGAUAGAAUCAAUUACACAAAACAAUUGGUCUCACAAAAGCUAGUUUCUAUACCAAAAGAUUCCUCCAGUUGUACUCGUGAUCAAAUUGUAGAAGGUAUUGAGGAUGAUAAAGAAAUUGAAAUUAGAGAAGAGUAUGAUUCUGAUGCUGAGAUUGAAUGGAGGAAAAAACAUAUAAAUAGUCGAAAACAGGAACGUAUUUCCCAUGCAUCAAGAUGUUCUCCAGUACUUACUACUCGUCGAGUGUCGUUUGAUUUAGUUGAGAACACACCUUCACCUAUUCCAAGAGAAACAGUAGUCGAUGUUUCCACUCUUACUGUUGCAGAAGCUGUCAAUUUCGCCCUCAAGAUUUGCGACACACACGGUAAAAAUAAAGUGUUCUCUGUAGAACCACUCGGUGAUAUUAGGGAACAGCAACCAAAUGUCUUAGCAAAAGCUGUCAAUUUUACCUCCGAAAUGUCCAGUACAAGUCAUCAGAACAAAAUGCUUCCAACAAAACCAUUUGGUGAUAUAAAUGAACGGCAACCAAAUGUCUUAGAUAAACCAGAUAUUCCUACACCCAUCAUACCAAAUGAAAGAAAACGAUGUUCACUGUUCCGUUCUUCUCGUAUCAGAGAUUCCAAACCUGCAUAA